AACAAAAGUCAUUAUUUAAUAAAGCGAAAUUUUUGUUUAUUUAUAAUUCACAAGUCACGGUAGUCACAUAGUGACUAAUCAUAUUACUAGCUGCGAUGGUAAUAAUUACCAUCAUGAUUGUAGAAUUUACAAUCAACAUGAUUUUAGCGGUUAACAUAUAUUAUGAUUAAGUUUACCAUCUUUAAGUUACCAGCCAGAUGGUAAUAAUUAUUAUCCAGAUGGUAAAUGUAACUAUCUGGAUGGUUCAGUUAACAAUUUGGAUAGUUCUUGCAAUCAUUCAUACUAAGAAGCCUGUUUUUACAAUACUCGGAUAGUUGUAUUUACCAUUAAAUUCUCUCCGUGUAAAUUUUUUACAUGAACUAAAUUUUUUUGGUCAAAAAACUAAUUUGAGUUAUUCAUUUUAUUUAAAUAUAAUUCGUAGUAAAGCGCAUAAUUAAUGAAUUCAUUAUCAAUUUAUCAUCAACGUGUAGUUUUAUAAUUUAUAAUAAUUAAUCACUCGACUAAAAAGUAUGUGUAUAAUUUUGGUAGUUCGAUAGGUUUUUUACUACUGACAGUUUUUAGCAGAGUUUUAUUCGAGAAAAACUUUUUUCAUUUAUGAUGUAAAUGAUCUUAUGAAGAAACAAGUGAGGUAAUUAAUAAUGAAUCAUUCAUGCGCACUGUGUUAAGAAUAGUAUGACAAUCUUGAAAAUAAUCAAUAAAAUGUAUCAUAAGCGACAGUUAUCACUCAACCACUUGAGAAUGAAUAUAAAAGGAUCAGGAUUUAAAUAUGCUUGCCAAUGGAGUGAAUUGAGUUUACGAAUCCUUGGGAUAUGGCCGAACGCUCACUACAGUACUUGGAGUAAACUUCGAGCACAUUUCUACGUUAUUUUUGUCCUUCUCGCUUAUUAUCUUCCACAAACUGGGACAAUCGUAAUUAUAUUUGGGGAUAUCGAUAGUAUGAUCAAUUUGCUAUCUUAUAACGUUUCCGGAUUAGUAGCGAUCGCUAAAUAUAUUGUUAUUUAUAGACACAAAAAAGUUUUAAAAUCAAUAAUUCAAAAAAUGACCGAAGACUGGAGAGCAAAUAACUCGGACUUUGAUUUAAAAAUAAUGAUUGGUAAUGCUAGGAUUGGACGAAUAUUGGCAUUCAUAUCUAUUCUGUAUGCUCCACUGAUUGUGACUCUACAUAUUCUUGUCACGAUGUUUCUUAAGCCAGAUAAAGAUCUUCUUUACACAUCAGUUCCGACUGUAGCAAACAAUCUCAUGUGGCCAAGUUAUUUUCCGUUUGAUACAUCCAGAAAGUAUGUCUUUGAGGCUACUUGGUUUUGUCAAAUAUUAGCGACAACAGGAGCGUCAUUGAUAUAUGGUACAUUUGAUACAUUCAUCGCGGUAAUUGUUCUACAUAUAUGCAGUCAGCUUGCUAUUGUUCGGAAAAGAUUGCGAAAUCUUCAUAAUGGCCUGAAAUCACAAUAUUCACUUUCACAUGAUUUAAUUAAUAAAAAACUUUCUGCUAUUAUUAAACGACAUGAGGAACUUAUCAGUAUGGCAAAUACAAUUGAAAAUACAUUCAAUAUCGUACUUCUUCCUCAAUUUAUUUGCUAUCCGCUAAUUUUUUGUUUUCAAGGAUACGCAAUGUUAACAAGCAUGGCUAAGACCCAAGCUUCGAGUUUACAAAUUUUGUAUUACCUAAGUUACGACACCUACACACUAUAUCAUUUGUUCAUCUUCUGUUGGAUUGGAGAACAACUAAUUAAUGAGAGUAAAUCAAUCAGCUCAUCUUUUUAUGAAAGUUCGUGGUAUAAUUACUCAUAUACCAAUUCACGAUCGCUUAUGUUAAUUGGAUAUCGAGCGAUGCAGCCACUUUACAUAUCAGCCGGAAAAUAUGCCCGAUUUUCACUCAGUUUAUUCGUUUCGUUAUUGAAGACAUCAAUGGGUUACUUAUCGAUGCUUAGAGCAGUUCAAAGACAUGAAUUUCAUUACGAAUGUGGCGUAAACAAAUUCAUAUUGGGCCUUAUUGGAGUUUGGCCAGAGUCAAAUCAAAAAUUUAUAAAAAAACAUCGUACUUUGGUCGACGCGAUCGUACUUUUUAUAACACUCUGGGUUCCACGGGCAGCUGCUUUUGUUUUACUAUGGGGUGAAAUCGACGCUUUGGCACAAGCCGGUGCCACCAAUGUACCGAUAGCAUUGUCUGUUGUUAAAAUGCUGAUUCUUUAUCGACGAAAAAAUGAUUUUGCAAAAAUUCUGGAUGGAAUGAAAGAAGACUGGAAAAAACCAAUGGCAAAAAAAGAAUAUGAAGUUGUUAUGAAAAUGGCAAGACUAGGAAGAAGAAUAACUAUUCUGUCCACUUUCCUUACAAUUAAUGCAAUUUGGCUAGGUGCUGUUGUUCAGAUUUUUUAUAAUAUCGAAACAACAAUAGUGGAAAAUCCAGACCCUCGUUUGACAUUAAACUUAUUUUGGGUCGUAUAUUUACCUUAUGAUACAUCAAAAAUAUCGAAUUUUGUAUUAACGUGGGUUAUCCAUUUUUAUACCUCUAUUAUGAGCGCCGUAGUUUACGGAAGUUUCGAUGGGUUUAUUGUCGUCCUUGUGUUCCACCUUUGCGGACAAUUGGAUUUAUUGAAGAUUUGGGCACGAAAAAUAGCUGACAAAACAGAUUUGAAAAGCUAUAAGAGCAAAUUAAGAUUUAUAGUAAAGCGACACGAGCAAUUGAAUGAAGUAGCUGAUAUACUUGAAGAUUCAUGCAACUUUGUGUUUCUACCGCAACUAAUGAGUUGUAUAUUAACAUUUUGUUUUCAAGGAUUCUCUAUUGCGACGAAAAUGUUUACAGGCCAAUUUAAUCCGUUGCAAAUUGCAUUUACAUUAUUUUAUACGACAGUUAUGGUGCUUCAUCUUUUCUUCUGUUGCUGGGCUGGUGAACUUUUAUCAUCAAAGAGUGAAAAUCUUGGUUACGCAGUUUAUCAAAGUAAAUGGUAUAAUUUACCACCAAUACGUGCUCGAUUACUAAUAAUGAUUAUUCAAAAAAGUUCUAAACCAUUUUUACUAACAGCUGGCAAAUAUAUGCCGUUGACUUACAACUUAUUUCUUGCCGUUGUGAAAACAUCAAUGAGUUAUCUUUCAGUGAUGUUGGCCAUCUCAACAGAUUAACAAGUAGUUUUAUCGACAAAAUGUUAAAUUUUAAAAAGUCUUGUUUCUUGAUGAUUUUAGAAAAAUAAAUUAAUUUUCACUAAUUUCUUAAUGAGAAUAAUCAAUCAGUUAUGUGAAAAUGCAUUCGUUUUGAAAAAUUUUUCAGGGUAUCCGCAAGCUCAGCAUGUGCAAUCAAUAUUGAUUGACAGAGACCUAGAAAAUAGGGUGUAUUGGUUCAUAUGCAAGAAACAUCCACGCUGUUCCCUCGCUGAAAUACUCAGACAAAAUAAAUUGCGCAAGCUCGCCAGUAAAAGCACGCUGCCAUAGCUA